CGUGACUCCUUUUCCUCGGGCGGGGGUAUGUCAGUGAGUUAUCGCGAGAAGGGACGGAAGCCUGUUGGGGACCCGGCCUUUAAUGUGCGGUUCGACCCGUCUACCCGGGCUUUCCACUUGUGUUCUAGGAAUCUGAGAGAAGCUGUUCCAGCCCCUCCAGUUCAUUGCCAUGAAAAGGAGAAUGUGAUUAAACUGCCCACCUUAUGAAAUUUGGCUUACAUGUGAAUCUGCCAGGUAAUACAAAGACCUGUGGAAUAUGAGUGAUGACAAACCCUUUUUAUGCACUGCCCCUGGAUGUGGCCAGCGUUUUACCAACGAGGAUCAUUUGGCUGUCCAUAAACAUAAACAUGAGAUGACACUGAAAUUUGGUCCAGCUCGUAAUGACAGUGUCAUUGUGGCUGAUCAGACACCAACACCAACUAGAUUCUUGAAGAACUGUGAAGAAGUGGGUUUGUUCAAUGAGCUAGCAAGUCCUUUUGAAAAUGAAUUCAAAAAGGCUUCAGAAGAUGACAUUAAAAAAAUGCCUCUAGACCUAUCUCCUCUUGCAACACCAAUCAUAAGAAAUAAAACUGAAGAGCCUUCAGUUGUGGAGACAACUCAUCAGGAUAGUCCUUUACCUCAUCCAGAGUCCACUACCAGUGAUGAAAAGGAAGUGUCACUUCAGCAGACUGCACAGCCUACAUCAACAAUAGUUCGUCCAGCGUCACUGCAGGUUCCUAAUGUACUGCUAACAAGUUCUGACUCAAGUGUUAUUAUUCAGCAAGCAAUACCUUCACCAACUUCUAGCACUGUCAUUACCCAGGCUCCAUCCUCCAACAGGCCAAUAGUACCAGUACCAGGUCCUUUCCCUCUGCUGUUACAUCUUCCUAAUGGACAAACUAUGCCUGUUGCUAUUCCUGCCUCAAUCACAAAUUCUAAUGUUCAUGUCCCUGCUGCAGUUCCACUUGUUAGACCUGUCACCAUGGUGCCUAGUAUCCCAGGAAUCCCAGGGCCCUCCUCCCCACAGCCGGUGCAGUCAGAGGCAAAAUUGAGAUUGAAAGCUGCCUUGACCCAGCAGCAUCCUCAGGUCACAAAUGGAGAUACUGCCAAGGGGCAUGCUAGUGGAUUGAUUAGGACUCAGUCAGAGGAAGCCCGAUCACAGUCAUUACAACAGCCUGCUACAUCAACUACAGAAACACCGGCUUCCCCAGCUCAGCCCACACCACAAACGCAAAAUACAGGAGGUCGUCGAAGAAGAGCAGCGAACGAAGACCCUGAUGAGAAAAGAAGAAAGUUUCUAGAGCGAAACCGUGCUGCUGCUUCAAGAUGUCGACAAAAAAGAAAAGUGUGGGUGCAGUCAUUGGAGAAGAAAGCAGAAGACUUGAGCUCAUUAAAUGGUCAAUUACAGAAUGAAGUCACCCUGCUGAGAAAUGAAGUGGCACAGCUGAAACAGCUUCUUCUGGCUCAUAAAGAUUGCCCUGUAACCGCCAUGCAGAAGAAAUCUGGCUAUCAGACUGCAGAUAAAGAUGACAGUUCUGAAGACAUUUCUGUGCCAAAUAGUCCACAUACAGAAGCUAUUCAGCAUAGUUCUGUCAGCACUUCCAAUGGAGUAAGUUCAACCUCUAAGGCAGAAGCCGUAGCCACGUCAGUUCUCACCCAGAUGGCGGACCAGAGUACAGAGCCAGUGCUUUCACAGAUUGUUAUGGCUCCACCUUCCCAGUCACAGCCUUCAGGAAGUUGAUUAAAAACUUGCAUUGCAACAGUUUCUUAGAUAUACAUUUGUGACUUUAAAGGGAAAUCAAGACCAGUCUCCAUCUAAAAAGAUAUGUAGCUUAAGAUUAUUCAUUUUUAAAAUUCAUAUUUAAAUUUGGCUUUAAAGAUUGGCAGAUGGGCAGAUGAAGAGGAGACUGAAAAGCAGUUUCUAGUCUCCUUGCAGAAUAUGGAUUUUUUUUUUAAAAAGUUGAUUUACUAGUUAUUUUCUGUGCUCAAUGUGUAAAGUGUGUGUAAAGUACAAUGUGGUUUAUUUCACUUUUAAUCUGGUAUUAUUUCAACCAACAUUGGGGUGAAUUAUUAAAGUGCAUCUCCAAGACUGUGAUAGUAGUAAUAUGUGACAUUUUAUACCAAAGUUCUGCAUAGUCCCUAUUGACUUUGAAAUGUUGGCAAGGUCAUAAAGCACUAGGCAAGAGAAAAAGACAGUAAAGUACAUUUGCUUUUAGUCUUUUUUUCCUUUUUAUUGUUUUGCACAUUAUGAGAGAAAGAACAUUGGGAGAAAAUGUUUGCUUUAUAUCAUGUGUAGCAUUUUGUUUGGCUUAUUAACUGUUUUGUUUGGUUGGUUGUUUUUUUUAAAUUGUUUAACAGGGCCAGUAUGGUAUAGGGAAAUACAAUACUUUUAUGCACAUACCUAACUAGAUGAGGGUCAUUACUAACUAGAUUUUCUUUAAAAGCUGAUGCCAAUUUUUUCAACACUUUAAUUUUAAAAGAGGAGCUUUAUUUCUGCUGUCAAAACAAUGGUCUGCAAAUACCCUUUGUGGCUAGGCUAGUAGAAAACAGUAAAAAGAUAUUGUACAAUACAGGGUUAUCAAAUAUGGAAUAAUUUUCAUAGCUAGCUUGAUACUUUGUGGAUUUUUGAAUCACAGACUAAGGAGUUUACUCAUUCACAAGUAUGGAUGCGAGAAAAGCCUAAAAAACCUUUGUUAAACAACACUUUUUUCCUUCUUCUUUGUCAUUGUCUUGUAUUUGCAAGCUAACUUGUACUUAAUUCUUGUGUAAGCACUGUCAUCUUUUAGUAGCAAAAUUUUGAUACCUUUCUCGUGGAAAAAUCAGUAUCUACCAUAUCUUGGAAACAAUGUAAUUAUAAUGUGGUGUGUAUGUGUGUGAGAAUGGUUCAGUAGUUUAUGCCAGAAAUCUUUGCUUGAAUGUUUAAAGAUGCCUUCAAUGUGAUACUGGCUGAUAGAUUGCAGUUUAAAAAUGUUAUUUACUGUGUGAACUUGGCUAACUAACAUUCCAUGAUGUAUGUUUGUUUCUGAUGAGAUGAUUGUAGGUUCACUUUUUCUCAUUAUCCAAUCAUCUGCAGGAUAUUGAGUUUUUUAAAUGUGCCAUUAGCUAUUUGGAUUCUGUACUCAUGUUCAAAAUACAGUACAAUAUUUUACAGUAGAUUACGUUGGGGAAAAAAGUAGAUGUGUGCUUUCAGGUCAGAAAACUUUGUACAAUAGCUAAAGAGUAGCAAAUUUUGGCAGUCAGACAGGAUUCCAUUAUGUAUAUAACAAAGAUUUAAUGCAUUUAUAA